AUGAUUACCAUUUUUAUACCAAUUCUUUCUUUAUUUUUGUAUUUAUUGAUUGACAUGUUCAUAUCAUUACAAAAAGAUGAAAAAGCUAUUCAUGGCGAGUUUAUAUCUGAAUAUGAAAAGCAAGUUGUGAAGCCAUUAAUUUCUGCUUCAAAACGCGAUGCUAUGGUUGGAUCAGAUGGAUCAGUUGAUUUUUACUUACCACUUAAAAAUACCAAAUACGAUGAAAAGAAUCUACUUACUCAAAGAGAUGCUUUGGAAAACUCGCUGAUAAAUAAUAACAAUAAUCAUAGAAACGAGCCCAUUUAUUCAAAUUAUGAAGCCAUCCAAGUUUAUGGAACACCAGUAUUUCCGUCUUCAUUAGGUAUUGCAAAUGCAAUAAGAAGACGUUCUGGCAUGCCUGAACAUGAAUUACAUUACAACAUAGCUGGGUACUAUACUAGUAAGCCGUUAGAUUGUUUGGAUUCCGAGUCUGAGAUCAUAGACACAAAGCAAACUCCUUAUUAUCAGUUUUCUGCAAGACAGUCAAAACUUUUACGAAGAAUAAAGCAGAGGCACAGCUGA